AUGCAGGUGAGUGAUCUUUUGACCGGUAAAAGAUGUUGUUUACCGUUUGUGAUGUCCGAACCGAAUCUGUCACAGAUGGACAAAAGACUUACACCGAGUGCAUCAUCCACUUCAUUCGGUUCUGUUAAGUGA